AUGGAGAUUGCAAACUUAAGUCUACAAAAUCUUAGACGCAAAAAAUAUUACAACUUGCCUUCCAUUGAAAGAGAAAUCGAUAAUUACUCUCGAGCAAUAGGGGUUGCAUACCGCAAAACCAUUGUGGUUGCUGAUCAACAGUUUGUCUAUCGUUGUGCAUAUAGUAAGAAAAUGAAAUGUAAAGCUUCAAUUGCCGUGACCAUUAGGAAUGGUGACAGACCAUUUGAGAUCACCAUCUAUGAAAGACACACCCAUAAUUACAAAUUUGAACCAGCGGAAUUGGAUCCGAGUCCCUAUGAUAUCGAUCCAUCUAAAUUACAAGAGGAACCGGUGCAGAUGACAGAGCGAAUGCGAGCUAAACGACGAUACUUUCGAAGGAUGUUGGAUUUAAUCACGUUGAGAAAAAAGCGAGCAAGCGUUGAGCACUAUCGGCAGAUUUUCAUCCAACUUUUAACUGGGAAUAGCGCUUGCAUAAUGGAGAUUGCAAACUUAAGUCUACAAAAUCUUAGACGCAAAAAAUAUUACAACUUGCCUUCCAUUGAAAGAGAAAUCGAUAAUUACUCUCGAGCAAUAGGGGUUGCAUACCGCAAAACCAUUGUGGUUGCUGAUCAACAGUUUGUCUAUCGUUGUGCAUAUAGUAAGAAAAUGAAAUGUAAAGCUUCAAUUGCCGUGACCAUUAGGAAUGGUGACAGACCAUUUGAGAUCACCAUCUAUGAAAGACACACCCAUAAUUACAAAUUUGAACCAGCGGAAUUGGAUCCGAGUCCCUAUGAUAUCGAUCCAUCUAAAUUACAAGAGGAACCGGUGCAGAUGACAGAGCGAAUGCGAGCUAAACGACGAUACUUUCGAAGGAUGUUGGAUUUAAUCACGUUGAGAAAAAAGCGAGCAAGCGUUGAGCACUAUCGGCAGAUUUUCAUCCAACUUUGUGUUUUCACUUUUUGCUAUGAGAAUAUUUAA